AUGUCAGAUAUAGAGAAACAACCACAAGCACCAAUCACUCCCAGACUGUCACUUGAGUCCGCCACGUUGAAUGAUGAUAAUGAAAUUUACCAUUUGAAAGAUGAAGUGUUAUCGAAAAAGAUAAAGUUGAUUAAUGAUGCCAUUGAUGAAAUUGGAUUCACACCAUACCAUUUGAAAUUGUUCUUUUUAAACGGUAUGGGAUACUGGACUGAUACGCAAUUGACAUACUUGGAGAGCUCAGUACGUACAUUUAUCAAUUAUCAAUUUGGUUUCAAGUUCCCCGUGAGUAACGAAAUGUUGGCGGCAGGAUUAUUAUUUGGAGCUUUAUUUUGGGGGUUCUCUGCUGACUUAAUUGGAAGAAAAGUGGCAUUUAAUAUCUCAUUGUUGUUGAGUGGGUUGUUUACAAUCAUCACCGGAACAAUGUCAUCAAUGGCCAGUUAUUGUAUAUUUGUGUUUUUGAGUUGUUUUGCUGCUGGUGGUAAUUUAGUAUUGGACACAUGCGUGUUUCUUGAAUACUUGCCACACAAGAAUCAAUGGUUGUUGACUUUCUUUGCAUUCUUCUGGGGAAUUGGUCAAGUGAUUGCCGUUGCUUUGGCAUUUGCAUUCUUGCCCAACAACUCGUGUGAAUCGGCAGAUUAUUGUCCAUCGCAUAUCAAUCGUGGAUGGAGAUAUGUCUACUAUACUAAUGGGUCAAUUGUGUUGUUUAUGUCGAUUUUAAGAUUAACGGUGGUAAAUUUAAAAGAAACACCCAAGUUCCUUGUAUCAAAUAAUAGAGAUGCAGAGGCUGUGGAAAUAUUGCAUAAUAUUGCCACAAAGUAUAAUCGCAAAUGUUCCUUAACCUUGGAGAAAUUGGAACUGUUGGGAUCAAUUGAGGUCAAUGAUGAUUUUAGAAAACAUAUUGAUUGGAAAGGAUUGUUUGGAUUGAUGAAACACCACAUUACCAUCUUGUUCAGUAACAAAAAGAUGGCAAGAUCAACAGUAUUGGUAUUUCUUUCGUGGUUCUUACUAGGCAUAUCCUAUCCCUUAUACUCGAGCUUCUUGCCACAAUAUUUGGCAACCAGAGGGGCAAAUAUCUCGGCAUCAACAACCCAUGGAGUUUACCGAGACAAUUUGAUUUCAAACACAGUUUCGAUGGGCGGACCUUUAAUCGCUGGUGCUUUGUUGUAUUUCUUCCCCAUUAUUGGAAGAAGAGGUGUCUUGUUUAUUGGAGGUGUCACCUCAAUGGCGUUCUUGUACGGAUACACGCAAAUCAAAACUAGGCCGCAAAAUGUUGCACUUUCAUCGAUUUCGUAUGCAACUAUAUAUAUCUACUACGCAGCACUAUAUGCAUACACUCCUGAAGUUAUGCCUAGUGCAGCAAGAGGUACCGGGAAUGCAUUGGCAAUUGCAUGUACAAGAGUAGGCGCGGUUAUAGUACCCUUGAUUGCAUACUAUUCAGAUACAUCCAGUGCAGCACCUAUAUGGAUAUGUGGUACUUUUGUUGGUGUUGUUGGGUUUCUCGCAUUGUUGUUUCCAUUUGAGCCAAGUAAAACUAGAGUCGCUUGA